ACCUUUGAGGAUGUGGCUGUGUACUUCUCAGAGGAAGAAUGGGCUCUCCUGGACCCGGACCAAAAGGAUCUGCAUAAAGAAGUCAUGGAGGAGAACUGCAGGAAUCUGGCCUUUCUGGAGAGGGAGAGCAAGAGAGGAGGGAAACAGCAGAGAAAGAGAUCUGAAGCCCAACAGCAAAGGAGGAAGAAAUCCGUUGCUUCUGAAGAUUUAAGUUUCCAUGGAAUUCCAGUUCAAGAGGAAAGUCACAGAGAACACAAAUGUUUAGAGUGUGGAAAGAGUUUCAGUCGGAGAACACGCCUUAAUUCCCAUGAAAGAAUCCACACGGGGGAGAAACCAUAUACGUGCCCAGACUGUGGAAAGUCCUUCAUUCAGAAGGAGCACCUCACUUCCCAUCAAAGAAUACACACUGGGGAAAAACCAUAUAAAUGCUUAGACUGUGGAAGGAGCUUCAGUUGGAGCUCACACCUUUCUUCCCAUAGAAGAAUUCACACUGGAGAGAAACCAUAUAUAUGCUCGGAGUGUGGGAAAAGCUUCCGUCAGAAGGGGGGCCUCACUUCCCAUCAAAGAAUCCACACAGGAGAGAAACCAUAUAAUUGCUCUGAAUGUGGAAAAAGUUUCCGUCACAGCUCGAGUCUUUGUGAUCAUGAAAGAAACCACACAGGGGAGAAACGUUAUAAAUGCUCUGAGUGUGGAAAGAGCUUCAAGAAAAGCUCAAACCUUACUUCCCAUCAAAGAAUUCACACAGUGGAGAAACCAUAUCAUUGCUCAGAGUGUGGAAAAAGCUUCAUUCACAGGUCAAGCUUUGCUUCCCAUCGCAGAAUUCACACUGGGGAGAAACCAUAUAAGUGCUCCGAGUGUGGAAAGAAUUUCAGUUUCAGCUCAAACUUUUAUUCUCAUCAAAGAAUCCACACUGGUGAGAAACCAUAUAAAUGUUAUGUGUGUGGAAAGCGCUUCAGCCAGAGCUCAAACCUUACUUCCCAUCAAAGAAUCUGCACAGGGGAGAAACCAUACAAAUGUUCAGAGUGUGGAAAGAGCUUCAGUUACAAAUCACGCCUUACGUACCAUCAAAGAACCCAUACUGGGGAGAAACCAUAUAAAUGCUCAGAGUGUGGAAAGAGCUUCCGUCAGAACUCAAACCUUCUUUCCCAUCAAAUAAUCCACACAGGGGAGAAACCAUAUAAAUGUUUAGACUGUGGGAAGAGCUUCAGUUACAAUUCACGACUUAUGUACCACCAAAGAAUCCAUGCAGGGAAGAAACUGUAUAAAUGCUUAGAGUGUGGAAAGGAAUUCGCUUGGAGGUCAGAACUUAAUUACCACCAAAGAAUCCACACAGGGGAGAAACCAUAUAAAUGUUCCAAGUGUGAAAAGAGUUUUACUCGUAACAAAAACCUUAUUUCCCAUCAAAGACUCCACACUGGGGAGAAACCAUAUAAAUGCACAGACUGUGAAAAGAGCUUCAGUUACAGUUCACACCUUACUUACCAUCGAAGAAUCCACACAGGAGAGAAACUAUACAAAUGCCUGGAGUGUGGAAAGAACUUCAGUCGGUACUCAAACCUUACAUCCCAUCAAAGAAUUCACACUGGGGUGAGACCAUAUCAAUGCUCAGCCUGUGGAAAGAGUUUCAGUUGUAAGCAGAGCCUCACUACGCAUCAAAGAAUCCACACUGGGGAGAAACCAUUUAAAUGCUUAGACUGUGGGAAGAGCUUUAUUCAGAAGGCACAACUCACAUCCCAUGAAAGAACCCACACAGGGGAGAAACCAUAUAAAUGCUCAGAGUGUGGUAAGAGCUUCAGGAAGAAGACCAGCCUUACUACUCAUCACAGAAUCCACACAGGGAACAAACCAUACAAAUGCUCAGUGUGUGGAAAAAACUUUGGUCAUAAAGAGAGCCUCACUUCCCAUCAAAGAAUCCACACUGGGGAGAAACCAUACAAAUGUUCAGACUGUGGAAAGAGCUUUACUCAUAAGGAGACACUCACUUACCAUCAAAGAACCCACACAGGAGAGAAACCAUAUAAAUGCUCAGAGUGUGAAAAGAGCUUCAGCUGCAGUUCACGCUUUACUUACCAUCAAAGAACACACACAGGGGAAAAACCAUAUGAAUGUGCAGAGUGUGGAAAGAGGUUCACUCAGAAGGAUAGUCUCACCUCCCAUCAAAGAAUCCACACAGGAGAGAAGCCAUAUAAAUGCUUAGAGUGUGGGAAGAGCUACCAUCGCAACUCACACCUUACAUCCCAUCAAAGAAUUCAUACAGGAGCGAAACCAUAUAAAUGCUCAGAUUGUGGAAAGAGCUUUGUCUGGAGGUCAGAACUUAAUUCCCACCAAAGAAUCCACACAGGGGAGAAACCAUAUAAAUGCUCUGAGUGUGAAAAGAGCUUCAGUCAUAACUCAAGCCUUGUUUCUCAUCAAAGAAUCCACACAGGAGAGAAACCAUAUAAAUGCUCAGAGUGUGGAAAGGGCUUUCGUAGCAGCUCACACCUUACAUCACAUCAAAGAAUCCACACUGGGGAGAAACCGUACAAAUGCUCAGCAUGUGGAAAAUGCUACACUGACAACUCACGUCUAACUUCCCAUCAAAGAAGCCACACUGGAGAAAAACCAUAUAAAUGCUCAGAGUGUGGAAAGCACUUCAGUCAGAAUUCAAGCCUCAUUUCCCAUCAAAGAAUCCACACAGGGGAGAAACCAUAUUCAUGUUCAGCAUGUGGAAAGAAAUUCCGUCAGAGCUCACACCUUACUUCUCAUCAAAGAAUCCACACAGGGGAGAAACCACAUCAAUGCUUGCAUUGUGGAAAGAGCUUUGCUUCAAGUCCAGAGCUUACUGCCCAUCAACACAUACACAGUGGGGAGAAACCUUAUAAAUGCUUGCAGUGUGGAAAGAGCUUUGCUUCAGGUCCAGAGCUUACUGUCCAUCAAGGCAUACACAGUGGGGAGAAACCUUAUGUAUGCUUGCAGUGUGGAAAGAGCUUUGCUCAGAGGUCAAAGCUUACUGUCCAUCGGCGUAUCCACACUGGGGAGAAACCUUGUAAAUGCUUGGAGUGUGGAAAGAGCUUUCCUCAGAAUUCACAUCUCACUGCCCAUCAAUGCAUCCACACUGGGGAGAAACCUUAUGUAUGCUUGCAGUGUGGAAAGAGCUUUGCUCAGAGUUCAAACCUUACUGUCCAUCAACGCGUACACAGUGGGGAGAAACCUUAUAAAUGUUUGCAGUGUGGAAAGAGCUUUGCUCAGAGUUCAAACCUUACUGUCCAUCAACGCAUACACAGUGGGGAGAAACCUUAUAAAUGCUUGCAGUGUGGAAAGAACUUUCCUGACAAUUCAAGCCUUACUAAACAUAAGCAUAUCCACACUGGGGAGAAACCUUAUAAAUGCUUGCAGUGUGGAAAGAACUUUGCUGACGGCUCAAACCUUACUAGACAUCAGCAUAUCCACGCUGGGGAGAAACCUUAUAAAUGCUUGCAGUGUGGAAAGAGCUUUGCUUCAAAUCCAGCGCUUACUGUCCAUUGGCGUAUCCACACUGGGGAGAAACCUUAUGAAUGCUUGCAGUGUGGAAAGAACUUUGCUGACAGCUCAAACCUUACUAGACAUCAGCAUAUCCACACUGAGGAGAAACCUUAUAAAUGCUUGCAGUAUGGAAAGAGCUUUGCUUACAAUUCAAACCUUACUAAACAUCAGCAUAUCUACACUGGGGAGAAACCUUAUAAAAGUUUGGAGUGUGGAAAGAACUUUGCUCGGAGUGCACAUCUUACUUUCCAUCAGCGUAUCCACACUGAGGAGAAACCUUAUAAAUGCUUGCAGUGUGGAAAGAACUUUGCUGACUGCUCAAACCUUACUAAACAUCAGCAUAUCCACACUGGGGAGAAACCUUAUAAAUGUUUGGAGUGUGGGAAGAACUUUGCUCGGAGUGCACAUCUUACUGCCCAUCAACGUAUCCACACUGGGGAGAAACCUUAUCAAUGCUUGCAGUGUGGAAAGAACUUUGCUGACUGCUCAAACCUUAGUAGACAUCAGUAUAUCCACACUGAGGAGAAACUUUAUAAAUGCUUGCAGUGUGGAAAGAGCUUUCUUCGGAAUUCAAAUCUUACUGCCCAUCAACGUAUCCACACUGGGGAGAAACCUUAUCAAUGCUUGCAGUGUGGAAAGAGCUUUGCUCAGAAUUCACAUCUCACUGCCCAUCAACGUAUCCACACUGGGGAGAAACCUUAUGAAUGCUUGCAGUGUGGAAAGAGCUUUGCACAUAGGUCAAAGCUUACUGUCCAUCAGCGUAUCCACACUGGGGAGAAACCUUAUAAAUGCUUGCAGUGUGGAAAGAGCUUUGCUCAGAAUUCACAUCUUACUGCCCACUGGAGAAUCCACACAGGGGAGAAACCUGAUAAAUGCUUGCAGUGUGGAAAGAGCUUUCCUCAGAAUUCACAUCUUGCUGCCCAUCAACGUAUCCACACUGGGGAGAAACCUUAUAAAUGCUUGCAGUGUGGAAAGAACUUUGCUCGAAGUUCAAACCUUACUAGACAUCAGCAUAUCCACACUGGGGAGAAACCUUAUCAAUGCUUGCAGUGUGGAAAGAGCUUUGCUCAGAGUUCAAAGCUUACUGUACAUCGGCAUAUCCACACUGGGGAGAAACCUUAUAAAUGCUUGCAGUGUGGAAAGAACUUUGCUGACAGCUCAAACCUUACUAGACAUCAGCAUAUCCACACUGGCGAGAAACCUUAUCAAUGCUUGCAGUGUGGAAAGAGCUUUGCUCAGAGUUCAAAGCUUACUGUCCAUCAGCAUAUCCACACUGGGGAGAAACCUUAUCAAUGCUUGCAGUGUGGAAAGAGCUUUGCUUCAAGUCCAGAGCUUACUGUCCAUCAACGCAUACACAGUGGGGAGAAACCUUAUAAAUGCUUGCAGUGUGGAAAGAGCUUUGCUCAGAGUUCAAAGCUUACUGUCCAUCAGCGUAUCCACACUGGGGAGAAACCUUAUGUAUGCUUUCAGUGUGGAAAGAACUUUGCUCAGAGUUCAAAGCUUACUGUCCAUCAGCGUAUCCACACUGGGGAGAAACCUUAUAAAUGCUUGCAUUGUGGAAAGAGCUUUCCUCAGAAUUCACAUCUUACUGCCCAUCAACGUAUCCACACUGGGGAGAAACCGUAUGAAUGCUUGGAGUGUGGAAAGAGCUUUGCUCGGAGAUCACAGCUUACUAUCCAUCAGUGUAGCCACACUGGUGAGAAACCUUAUGAAUGCUUGCAGUGCGGAAUGUGCUUUGCUCAGAGUUCAAAGCUUACUGUCCAUCAGCGUAUCCACACUGGGGAGAAACCUUAUGUAUGCUUGCAGUGUGGAAAGAACUUUGCUGACAAUUCAAACCUUACUAAACAUCAGCGUAUCCACACUGGGGAGAAACCUUAUAAAUGCUUGCAGUGUGGAAAGAGCUUUGCUUCAAGUCCAGAGCUUACUGUCCAUCAACGCAUACACACUGGGGAGAAACCUUAUAAAUGCUUGGAGUGUGGAAAGAACUUUGCUGACAGCUCAAACCUUACUAGACAUCAGUAUAUCCACAUGGAGGAGAAACCUUAUAAAUGCUUGGAGUGUGGAAAGAGCUUUGCUCAGAGUUCACAUCUUACUGCCCAUCAACUUAUCCAUCCUGGCGAGAAACCAUAUGAAUGCUUGGAGUGUGGAAAGAGCUUUGCUCGGAGUUCAGACUUUACCAUCCAUAAACGCAUACACAGUGGGGAGAAACCUUAUAAAUGA